AAAGAAGAGAAGUCUCUCUUUCCACGUUUCGGUUCCAAAAUCUCUCUCUGUUGGUGUUUCCUCCAACUUCACAUCCGAUUUCCCCAGCAAUUUGCACUGUUUUCCGCAACGAUCAUCGCCGACACUUUUCACCGGAAAAAAUGGAGUCCCCGCCGUCGACGACGGCGGCGAACUCUCUCCAUCUCGAAGAUUUCGGUCAGAAGGUCGAUCUCACUCGGAGGAUCCGAGAGGUUCUACUGAAUUAUCCAGAGGGCACUACCGUGUUGAAGGAGUUGAUACAGAACGCCGACGACGCUGGUGCCACCAAGGUUUGCCUUUGCUUGGACCGCCGGGUUCACGGCACCGAGUCGUUGUUGUCGGAGAAGUUGGCGCAGUGGCAGGGACCGGCGUUGUUGGCAUAUAACAAUGCCGAGUUUACUGAGGAUGAUUUUGUUAGUAUAUCGAGGAUCGGAGGCAGUAGCAAGCACUCUCAGGCUUGGAAAACUGGUCGGUUCGGGGUUGGCUUCAAUUCAGUGUACCAUCUAACUGAUUUGCCCUCUUUUGUAAGUGGCAAAUAUGUGGUAUUAUUUGAUCCUCAGGGCGUUUACCUUCCAAAUGUCUCCACAGCAAAUCCUGGAAAGCGAAUCGAGUAUGUUAGUUCUUCAGCCAUCUCCCUGUAUAAAGACCAGUUUUUUCCUUAUUGUGCUUUUGGUUGUGAUAUGAAAAAUCCUUUCCCUGGAACAUUAUUCCGUUUUCCUUUGAGGAAUGCAGAUCAGGCAGCUAAUAGUAAGCUCUCAAAACAUGUAUACUUGGAAGAUGACAUAUCUUCCAUGUUUGCUCAGCUUUAUGAAGAAGGAGUUUUCACACUUCUUUUUCUUAAAAGUGUACUUUCUAUUGACAUGUAUUUAUGGGACGCUGGAAUGUCCCAGCCAAGGAAGAUUCUUUCGUGCUCCAUCAACUCGGUCGGUGAUGAUACCAUUUGGCAUCGCCAGAUGCUUUUGAGGCUAUCAAAGUUAACAAAUUAUUCUGAUUGUGUGACAGAUGCCUAUUCAUUGGACUUUUUGAGCGAGAGAGUUAUUGAGAACCACUCUCAGAAGAGAAUAGAUACUUUCUAUAUAGCACAAACAAUGGCACCGGCAUCCAGUAGGAUUGGUUCUUUUGCUACAAGUGCAUCUAAAGAUUAUGAUAUUCACUUGUUGCCUUGGGCGUCAGUUGCUGCAUGCGUAUCAGAUCACUCAUCCGAUGAUGAUGUUCUUAAGCUUGGCCGGGCAUUCUGUUUCCUUCCUUUGCCAGUGAAAACUGGAAUGGCUGUGCAGGUUAAUGGAUACUUUGAGGUUUCUUCAAACCGUCGUGGCAUUUGGUAUGGUGCCGAUAUGGACAGAAGUGGAAAAAUUCGUUCUCUUUGGAACAGACUUCUUUUAGAAGACGUGGUUGCACCUACUUUUGCGCAGUUGUUGCUUGGUGUGCGAGGAUUGCUAGGUCCGACAAAAUUGUAUUAUACACUAUGGCCCACUGGUUCCUUUGAAGAGCCAUGGAACAUUUUAGUUGAACAUAUUUACAGGAACAUUGGUAAUGCUGCUGUCUUGUAUUCGGGCAUUGAAGGAGGAAAAUGGGUUUCACCAGUGGAAGCUUUUCUUCAUGAUGAGGAGUUCUCAAAAAGCAUGGAACUUGGGGAGGCGCUUGUACAGCUAGGAAUGCCUAUUGUUCAUUUGCCCAAUGUUUUGCUUAAUAUGCUCUUGAAAUGUGCUUCCAGUUUUCGGCAGAAACUGGUUACUCCUGAUUCUGUGAGGAAUUAUCUUAGGGAAAGCAAAAGUGUAAUUACAUUAAGUAGAUUUUACAAGCUUACAUUGUUGGAGUAUUGUCUUGAAGACCUUAUUGACGGUGAUGCUGGUGCUCAUGCUUAUGACCUGCCAUUGCUUCCUUUAGCAAAUGGGGACUUCGGAUUUUUGUCUGAAUCCUCAAAAGGGAUUUCUUAUUUUAUCUGUAAUGAGUCAGAAUACAUGCUUCUUCAACCAAUCUCAGAUAGAAUAAUUGAUCAUAAUAUUCCUCUCAACAUAUUGAGCAGUAUAUCAGCUAUUGCGAAGGCAUCAAAGACAAAUCUGACUCUGUUUAAUAUCAAUUAUUUACUUCAGUUAUUCCCUAAAUUUGUCCCUGCUGAUUGGAAACACAAAACCAAAGUUCUUUGGGAUCCAAAGUCUGAUUCUAGUCAUCCAUCUUCAUCAUGGUUUGUGCUUUUUUGGCAGUAUCUUAGAGAUCAUUGUGAAAAUUUGUCCCUGUUUGGUGAUUGGCCUAUCUUGCCAUCUCUCUCUGGGCAUCUCUUUAGACCUUCAAGACAAUCAAAACUGUUGAAUGUUGAGCAUCUGUCUGACAAGAUGCAAGACCUCCUUGUUAAGAUAGGAUGUAAGAUUCUGAACAGCAGUUAUGGUGUUGAACACUCCGACUUAUCACAUUAUGUAUAUGGUGCUGAUUGCGCUGGUGUUCUGGGGUCAAUUUUCGACGUUGCCUCUUCAAAUGAUAGCAUCAUGCAAACAUUUCAUUAUUUGGGAGUGGAAGAGAGGGAUGAGCUUCGUCAAUUUCUUCUGGAUCAAAAAUGGUAUAUUGGAAAAGGUAUGGCUGAUGCUGACAUAUGGAAUUGCAAGAGGCUGCCUAUUUAUAGGGUCUAUUGUGGAGAAUCUGCUCAAAAUUCCCAGUAUUCAGAUUUAGAAAACCCUCAAAAAUACUUACCGCCAUUGGAUGUUUCUGAGUGCUUCCUUUGUGGCGAGUUUAUUAGCAGUUCUUCAUAUGAUGAAGAAGAGGUUUUAAAAAGAUAUUAUGGAAUUGAUCGAAUGGGGAAGACAUGCUUUUAUAAGCAACAUGUAUUGAACAGACUUGAGGAGUUGCAACCUGAGGUUCGUGACAGAAUCAUGCUUUCAGUUCUGCAAGAGCUACCACAAUUAUGUGUUGAGGAUGCAUCUUUCAGGGAAGAUCUGAGAAAAUUGGAAUUUGUUCCAACCUCUGGUGGUUCGGUGAAGUGUCCUGCAGUGCUAUAUGAUCCUCGUAAUGAAGAAUUAUAUGCGUUAUUAGAAGAUUCUGAUAGUUUCCCUUGUGGUGUAUUCCAAGAAUCAGGCAUUUUGGACAUGCUACAAGGUUUGGGCCUCAAGACGGCUGUUUCUCCUGAAACAGUCAUACAAAGUGCUAGACAGGUAGAACGGUUAAUUCACGAAGAUCAACAAAGGGCAUAUUCAAGAGGCAAAGUGAUUCUUUCUUACCUGGAAGUGAAUGCAUUGAAGUGGGUACCUAAUCCAGCAAAUGCUGAUCAAGGAACAAUGAAUAGAAUGUUGUCACGAGCUGCAACUGCAUUCAAACCACGUAAUUUGAAAUCUGACCUGGAGAAAUUCUGGAAUGAUCUCCAGAUGAUUUGCUGGUGCCCAGUUCUUGUUUCUUCUCCUUAUCAUACUUUACCAUGGCCUGUUGUGUCAUCUAUGGUUGCUCCUCCAAAGCUUGUAAAAUUAUACAGAGACUUGUGGCUUGUAUCAGGAAGCAUGCGGAUACUGGAUGGAGAAUGCUCAUCCACAGCCUUAGCACAUCACCUUGGGUGGUCUUCUCCACCCGCAGGAAGUGUAAUUGCUGCCCAACUACUUGAGCUUGGGAAAAAUAAUGAGAUUGUGACGGAUCAGGUGCUUCGGCGGGAAUUGGUCUUAGUGAUGCCAAGGAUAUACUCCAUACUAAUGGGCAUGAUUGGUUCGGAUGAGAUGGACAUUGUGAAAGCCGUUUUAGAAGGGUGCCGAUGGAUUUGGGUGGGAGAUGGAUUUGCAACCUUGGAUGAGGUUGUCCUUAAUGGUCCUCUUCAUUUGGCUCCCUAUAUACGAGUUAUACCUGUUGACUUGGCAGUUUUCAGGAAUUUAUUUUUGGAACUCGGUGUUCGUGAAUUCUUGAAGCCCAGUGACUAUGCUAAUAUUUUAUGCAAAAUGGCUAUGAAGAAAGGUUCCAGUCCUCUGGAUGAACAGGAAAUCAGGGCUGCUAUACUGAUUGCGCAGCAUCUGGCUGGAGUUCAGUUUUAUGAACAGGAAAUUAAGAUCUAUCUACCAGACAUAUCAGGCAGACUAAUUAAUGCUACUGAUCUAGUUUAUAAUGAUGCUCCCUGGUUGCUUGGCUCAGAAGAUGUUAAUAGCUCAUUGGAUAAUGCCUCUACCGUGGCCUUAAAUGCAAAGAGAACUGUUCAAAAAUAUGUGCAUGGAAACAUUUCUAAUGAUGUUGCAGAGAAGCUUGGUGUCCGUUCACUUCGGAGAAUGCUGCUUGCCGAGAGUGCUGAUUCAGUGAAUUUGAGUUUGUCUGGCGCUGCUGAAGCAUUCGGACAGCAUGAAGCUUUGACGACCAGACUUAAACAUAUACUUGAAAUGUAUGCAGAUGGACCUGGGAUUCUGUUUGAGCUAGUGCAAAAUGCAGAGGAUGCAAGAGCUUCCGAGGUAGUCUUUCUCUUGGACAAAACUCAGUAUGGGACUUCAUCCAUUCUCUCUCCUGAAAUGGCAGAUUGGCAAGGCCCUGCUCUGUACUGUUUCAAUGACUCUGUUUUCAGUCAGCAAGAUUUAUACGCUAUAUCACGUAUUGGUCAAGAAAGCAAGCUAGAGAAUCCUUUUGCAAUUGGAAGAUUUGGGCUGGGAUUUAAUUGUGUUUAUCACUUUACAGACAUCCCCUCAUUUGUUUCGGGGGAAAACGUUGUCAUGUUUGAUCCUCAUGCCUGUAAUUUGCCCGGAAUCUCUCCAUCUCACCCUGGCUUGCGAAUUAAGUUUGUGGGCAGAAGGAUUUUGGAACAAUUUCCAGAUCAAUUUUCUCCUUUCCUACACUUUGGUUGUGAUUUGCAGCAUUCAUUUCCUGGCACACUCUUCCGUUUUCCCCUCAGGAGUGCAAAUGUUGCUUCUCGAAGCCACAUAAAGAAAGAAGGAUAUGCUUCUGAAGAUGUAAUAUCACUCUUCUCUUCUUUUUCUGAGGUGGUUUCUGAAACUUUACUGUUUCUCCGCAAUGUAAAAACCAUCUCCAUUUUUGUCAAAGAAGGAUCUAGUAAUGGGAUGCAACUACUACAUCGUGUUCACAAAUCCUGUGUCAGUGAGCCUGAAGCUGAACCCAGUGCAUUUCAUCAUAUGUUAAGUAUUAUGCAUGGAAAUCAGCAAGAUGCAUUGGAAAAGGAUCAGUUCCUUAACAAACUGAGCAAAUCCAUAAACAAAGAUUUGCCAUGGAAAUCUCAGAAGAUUGUGGUGACAGAGCAAAGCACUUCUGGUGAUAAAGCACACUUGUGGUUAACUAGUGAAUGCUUAGGUGGUGGCCUUGUUAAGAACAAUUCUGCAUCUUUUGAUACCAAAUCUCGAAAAUAUAUUCCUUGGGCUUGUGUUGCUUCAUAUUUACAUUCGGUAGAGGUUAAUAGGGAAUUGAGUGAUACCCAAAAUACUGAGGAAUCUUGCAUUAUUAAUUCUGAUAUACUUCAAGUUCCUAUCACUACUCUCCAGGAAAUAAAGAAUUUUGAGGGUCGUGCCUUUUGCUUUUUACCACUGCCAAUCUUUACUGGUCUUCGAGUGCAUGUUAAUGCAUAUUUUGAAUUGUCGUCAAACCGAAGGGAUAUAUGGUUUGGUAAUGACAUGGCAGGGGGUGGGAAAAAACGCUCAGACUGGAAUAUGUACCUCCUUGAAGAUGUGCUUGCCCCAGCUUAUGGACACUUGCUUGAGAAAGUUGCACUGGAAAUUGGCCCAUGCGAUUUAUUCUUUUCAUUUUGGCCAACAACAAUAGGGUUAGAACCCUGGGCAUCAAUUGUGCGGAAACUCUACCAUUUUAUUGCCGAGUUUGGUCUCCGUGUACUGUAUACAAAAGCCAGAGGGGGCCAGUGGAUCUCAACCAAACAGGCUAUUUUUCCUGAUUUUUCUUUUAAGAAGGCACAUGAGCUUGUAGAAGCAUUAUCAGAUGCUGGUUUGCCAGUUGUAACUGUUUCAAAGCCACUUGUGGAGAAAUUUAUGGAGAUCUGUCCAUCAUUGCAUUUCCUUACGCCUCAGUUACUGCGGUCGCUGUUGAUUCGGCGAAAGCGUGAAUUUAGGGACAGGAGUGCAAUGAUCUUGACCCUUGAGUAUUGCUUACUUGAUUUGAGACCUCCUUUACAAUCUGAUAAUUUGUAUGGUUUACCUUUGGUUCCUCUUUCCAAUGGUUUAUUCACAAAUUUCGAGAAGAGAGGGGCGGGUGAAAGAAUUUAUAUUGCACGUGGAGAAGAGUAUGGUCUUCUCAAGGAUUCAGUCCCACAUCAACUUAUAGAUUGUGGGAUCUCUGAUGCUCUUCACAAGAAGUUAUGUGAUAUAGCCCAAAGCGAGGAUUUCAACAUUUCUUUUUUGACAUGCCAUUUGCUCGAGAAGCUCUUUUUGAGAUUAUUUCCAGCAGAGUGGCAGAAUGCUAAAUGGGUAACUUGGGCCCCUGGUCACGAAGGGCAGCCUAGUUUGGAAUGGAUGGGGGUGCUAUGGAACUAUCUGAAGUCGUGUUGUGACGAUCUUUCAGUAUUUUCUAAGUGGCCUAUUUUGCCAGUUGGAAACAGUUAUCUCUUGCAGCUUGUCAGAAAUUCAAAUGUAAUUAAAGAUGAUGGCUGGAGCGAGAACAUGUCUUCUCUGUUGCUGAGAGUAGGAUGCCUAAUAUUGAGACGCGACCUUCCAAUAGAUCAUCCACAACUAGAAAAUUAUGUGCAGUCUCCAACGGCAACUGGCAUUUUAAAUGCAUUACUGGCAGUUGCCAAUAAGCCAGAAAACAUUGAGGAUCUCUUUGGUGAUGCAUCUGAGAGUGAGCUGCAUGAACUUCGCAGUUUUAUUCUUCAGUCAAAGUGGUUCAGUGAAGGCUCAGUGAAUGACAUGCAUAUGGACAUCAUCAAACACCUCCCUAUGUUUGAGUCAUUCAAAAGCAGAGAACGAGUAUGUUUGACUAAACCUACCAAAUGGCUUCAACCAAAUGGUGUGCGGGAGGAUCUUUUGGAUGAUAACUUCGUACGCAUGGAAUCAGAGAAAGAAAGAAGCAUUCUGAAAAAUUAUUUAGAGAUUAGAGAACCUUCAAGGGUGGAGUUCUACAGAAGUUGCGUACUCAGUCGCAUGCCAGAAUUUAUUUCACAGAAGGGAGCGCUCUCGACCAUUUUACAUGAUGUUAAGCUUUUGAUUGGAGAGGAUAACUCCAUCAAAAUGGUACUUUCCAAUACACCUUUUGUUUUGGCACGUGAUGGAACUUGGCGGGAGCCAUCGAGGCUUUAUGAUCCUCGUGUUCCUCAGCUACAAAAGGUGCUCCAUGGAGAAGUUUUCUUCCCUUCUGAUAAAUUCUCAGAUCCUGAAACUCUGGAUACUCUAGUGAACCUUGGACUUAGACAAACCUUGGGCUAUACUGGUUUGCUUGAUUGUGCUAGGUCAGUUUCUAUGUUGCAUGAUUUGAGUGACUCAGAAACUGUCAGCUACGGGAGGAGGUUACUUGUUUGUUUGGAUGUAAUGGCAUUCAGACUCUCAAGUGAGGAAUGUGAGGGAGAUUCUGAUGAAUGUAGAACUGCCAUUGAAUGUCAGACCAGCAGUGCUUCUGAUGGCAAAGCAGUGGAUCACACUCCAGAGUGUUCUGAGAACAGUUCUGAAGAUGUUCUUGACAUUGAUUUAUUUGUAGGCAACCUGAUCGAUGAUAAGCCUGGAGAAGAAUUUUGGUCAGAAUUAAAAUCCAUUUCUUGGUGCCCUGUAUAUGCUGAUCCUCCUCUACAAGGUCUUCCAUGGUUGGUAUCAAGCCUUCAAGUGGCAGCUCCGGUCAUUGUGAGACCUAAAUCCCAGAUGUGGAUUGUUUCGUCUAAGAUGCAUAUCUUAGAUGGUGAAUGCUGCUCAAUGUACCUACAACGUAAACUUGGUUGGGUGGAUUGCCUAAAUGUAGAUAUAUUGUCCUCUCAACUAAUUUCACUAUCCAAAUCCUAUGCUCAGAGGAAGCUACAUAAUACAGUGGAACCAAUUUUUGAUGCUGCACUGCAAAAAGAAAUUCCUUCACUUUAUUUAAAGAUGCAAGAAUAUAUUGGUACCGAUGGUUUUAUGGUUCUAAAAUCUGCCUUGAAUGGUGUUUCAUGGAUUUGGAUUGGAGACGAUUUUAUAUCCUCAAAUGCACUUGCAUUUGAUUCACCAGUGAAAUAUAGUCCCUACCUGUAUGUCGUACCAUCUGAGUUAUCGGAAUUCAGAGAUUUGCUUUUGGCAUUAGGUGUCAGAAUUAGUUUUGAUGUUUUUGAUUAUUUUCAUGUUCUACAUCGCUUGCAGAAUGAUGUGAAAGGGUACCCCCUAUCAACUGAUCAGUUGAGUUUUGUCCAUCGUGUCCUAGAAGCUGUUGCAGAUUGUUAUUCAGAUAAGCCAUUGCUUGAGGCUUCUAAUACUCCAUUGUUAAUUCCAGAUUCUUCUGGAGUUCUUAUGUGUUCUGCAGAUCUUGUAUAUAAUGAUGCACCAUGGCUGGAGAAUAAAACCUUCACCGGGAAGCAUUUCAUACAUCCAAGUAUGAGUAAUGAUCUGGCAAAUAGGUUGGGGGUUCAAUCACUUCGUUGUAUGUCUCUAGUCAGUGAUGAAAUGACUAAAGAUUUACCAUGCAUGGACUAUGCUAGAGUAUGUGAGCUUCUUGAAUUGUUUGGGAACAAUGACUUUUUGUUAUUUGACCUUCUAGAGUUAGCGGAUUGCUGCAAAGCAAAAAAGCUUCACCUGAUCUUCGACAAGAGGGAACAUCCACGUCAGUCUUUGUUGCAGCACAAUCUAGGUGAAUUUCAAGGGCCUGCUCUUGUAGCCAUUCUGGAAGGGGCCAACUUGAGUAGAGAGGAAGUAAGUAGCCUACAGUUUCUUCCUCCAUGGAGACUGCGGGGCGAUACCGUUAACUACGGGUUAGGACUACUUGGCUGUUAUUUCAUCUGUGAUCUCCUAUCAGUUGUUUCUGAGGGCUACUUUUAUAUGUUUGAUCCUCGUGGCUUGGCUUUUGCGGUACCUUCAACCCUUGCUCCUGCAGCAAAAAUGUUCUCUCUGAUGGGUACAAAUCUGACCGAGCAAUUCCGUGAUCAAUUCAACCCAAUGCUCAUUGGUCAAAAUAUGCCAUGGUCAUCGUCAAAUACUACCGCUAUCCGCAUGCCUCUUUCAUCUGAAUGCAUGAAAGAUGGAAUUGAGGGUGGAUUGGAGAUAAUAAAACAAAUAUUCAACAAAUUUACGGAGCAUGGUUCUAGAACACUUCUAUUCUUAAAAUCAGUUUUACAGGUUUCACUAUCAACAUGGGAGGAAGGAAGUACACAGCCUUGUCAAGAUUAUUCAAUUUAUAUUGAUUCCUCAUAUGCAAUUGCUAGAAAUCCUUUUUCAGAAAAGAAGUGGAGAAAGUUCCAAAUAUCAAGGUUAUUUAGUAGCUCAAAUGCUGCGACCAAGUUCCAUGUAAUAGAUGUGAAGUUGUACAAAGGAGGAAGUAGAGUUGUUGAUCGAUGGCUCAUUGUGCUUAGCCUGGGUUCUGGGCAAACAAGAAAUAUGGCCCUUGAUAGGCGCUAUUUGGCAUACAACUUGACACCUGUUGCUGGAGUUGCAGCACAUGUAUCCCGAAAUGGCCAUCCUGCUGAGGCUUAUUUGUCAAGUUCUAUUAUGUCCCCUCUUCCUUUAUCUAGUGAAAUAAACUUACCUGUCACAGUUCUUGGAUGUUUCCUUGUGCGUCAUAAUCGAGGUCGUUACCUCUUCAAAUAUCAAGACAUGGAAGCUUUGGCAGAGGCACAACCUGAUGCUGGAAAUCAGUUGAUAGAAGCAUGGAACAGAGAACUGAUGUAUUGUGUCCGUGAUUCCUACAUCGAAAUGGUGUUGGAAAUGCAGAAGUUAAAAAGAGAACCAUCAAGUUCUACUCUUGAGUCCAGUGUGGGCCAUGCUGUUGGUGUAACUUUGAAUGCCUACGGAGAUCAAAUUUAUUCUUUCUGGCCUAGGUCUGCUGGGCAUUCAUCUAGUUCUCAAGUAGUUGACAGCAAUAACCUAACUUCAACAAAGAUGCUUAAGGCAGACUGGGAAUGCUUAGCUGAACAAGUAAUUAGGCCUUUCUAUGCCCGCGUCGUCGACCUUCCUGUGUGGCAGCUGUUCUCAGGAAAUCUAGUCAAGGCUGAAGAGGGUAUGUUUCUUUCACAACCUGGAAAUGGGGUGGGUGGGAAUUUGCUACCAGCCACAGUUUGUGCCUUUGUGAAGGAACAUUAUCCAGUGUUUUCAGUGCCUUGGGAAUUGGUGACUGAAAUCCAGGCAAUAGGGAUCUAUGUUCGAGAAAUCAAACCAAAGAUGGUUCGAGACCUUCUUAGGGUUUCUUCAACUUCUAUCAUUCUUCGAUCAGUUGAUACAUAUGUAGAUGUCAUUGAGUAUUGUUUGUCUGACAUUCAGUUUAUGAACCCAUCUGAUUUGAGUGGAGAUGAUAAAUUAGUGGACAUCAUCUAUAGAGCAAGCAAAGAAGGGGGCAGCAGCUCUGCUUCUGGAUCAAUCCCAGGUUUGCGGGGACUUCAUGGUAUGUCUGCCCCAGGUCAGGUCAGUUCGGGUCCUUCAGGAGGUGAUGCACUAGAAAUGAUGACUAGUUUAGGGAAGGCUUUAUUUGACUUUGGCCGGGGAGUUGUUGAAGAUAUUGGUAGGGCAGGUGGUCCAAUGGUUCAGUGGAACAGUGUGGAUGGUAUCAAUGACGGAAUCAUCAAAAAUGUGGAUCAGAAGCUUUUAUCUAUAGCUGCUGAGCUUAAAGGCUUACCAUGUCCAACAGCAACAAAUCAUUUAAUAAGGUUGGGGGCUACUGAAGUUUGGGUUGGAAACAAGGAGCAACAAACCCUGAUGGUUUCUUUAGCAGCAAAGUUUAUCCAUCCAAAAGUAUUGGAAAGACCAAUCUUGGCUGAUAUUUUUUCUAACAGUACAUUUCAAAUGUUACUGAAACUGCAAAGCUUCUCUCUUCACUUGCUGGCUAAUAAUAUGAGGCUGCUUUUUAAUGAAAACUGGGUGAAUCAUGUGAUAGAAUCAGAUAUGGCUCCUUGGUUUUCAUGGGAAAACACUAUGGGCUCUGGUAGUGAAGGGGCACCUUCUCCUGAAUGGAUAAGGCUCUUCUGGAGAAGUUUUAGUGGCUCAUUGCAAGACCUCUCACUCUUCUCUGAUUGGCCUCUUAUUCCGGCUUUUCUUGGUAGGCCAAUCCUAUGCCGUGUAAGGGAGCGUCAUCUGGUUUUCAUUCCACCCUCCAUUAUAGAUGCAAACUCCGCAUCCACUCUAACUGAAAUGGGUGCGACAGAAAGUGAUCCAUCUGUAUUAGUUUCUGAGUCUGAAUCAAUCCAGCCCUACACUUUAGCUUUUAAGGUUGCCAAAAGCAGAUAUCCUUGGUUGUUGUCAUUACUGAACCAGUGCAACAUACCCAUAUUUGAUGCUACUUUCAUUGACUGUGCUGCUCCAUGUAAUUGUUCCCCUUCACCUGACCAAUCAUUGGGGCAAGUUAUUGCAUCCAAGCUUGUGGCAGCUAAUCAUGCUGGCUAUUUCCCUGAACUAACUUCGUUUUCAGCUUCAGAUUGUGAUGAACUUUUAACAUUAUUUGCUUCUGAUUUCUUUUCUAAUGGCUCAAAAUAUGCGACUGAAGAACUUGAAGUGUUACAUGAUCUGCCUAUAUAUAAAACUGUUGUUGGGUCAUACACCAAAUUGCAAAAUCAAGAUCUGUGUAUGAUCUCUUCAAAUUCAUCCCUCAAGCCAUAUGAUGAGUGUUGCCUUUUUUACCACACAGACUCCACUGAAAGUUUAUUACUUAAAGCCCUUGGGGUGCCUGAGUUGCAUGAUCAACAAAUUUUGGUAAGGUUUGGGUUACCUGGGUUUGAACAGAAGCCCCAGUCCGAGCAGGAGGACAUUCUGAAAUAUCUUUAUACAAAUUGGCAUGAUCUCCAAUUAGAUUCUUCCAUUGUUGAAGCAUUGAAGGAGACUAAUUUUGUAAGAAAUGCUGAUGAAUUUUCAGUAGAUCUGUCUAAACCGAAGGAUCUGUUUGAUCCUGGUGAUGUUCUAUUAACGUCUGUAUUCUCUGGUGAGAUAAAGAAAUUUCCUGGAGAAACGUUUAUUACAGAUGGAUGGCUUUGCAUUUUGAGAAAAGCAGGCCUUCGAACUGCAACAGAAGCAGAUGUGAUACUUGAAUGCGCCAAAAGAGUAGAAUCCCUUGGAUGUGAAUAUUUAAAUUCUAACAGGGUUCUUGAUGAAUUUGAGACAGACUUUUACAACUCUCAGAAUGAAGUUUCUCUGGAAAUCUGGUUGUUAGCUGAAUCUGUUGUCAAAGUGAUAUUCUCAAACUUUGCUGUCCUUUAUGGCAACAACUUCUGCAAUUCCCUUGGCAAGAUUGCAUGCGUGCCUGCGGAAAAGGGUUUUCCAAAUGUUGGUGGCAAGAAAGGUAGGAAAAGGGUGCUUUGUUCAUACAAUGAAGCUAUCUUACUGAAGGAAUGGCCACUCGCCUGGAGCUGUGCUCCCAUUCUUUCCAGACAAAGUGUUGUUCCACCUGAGUACUCUUGGGGAGCACUCCAUCUCAGGAGCCCUCCAGCAUUUUCUACAGUUUUAGAACACCUGCAGGUUAUUGGAAGAAAUAAUGGUGAAGACACCCUCGCUCACUGGCCAACUGCAUCAGGCUUGAUGACUAUUGAUGAGGCUUCUCUUGAGGUCUUAAAGUACCUGGACAAGGUUUGGGGUUCCCUUUCUUCUUCAGAUAGAGCAGAAUUGCAGACAGUGCCAUUUAUGCCAGCUGCAAAUGGUACACGCUUGGUGACAGCAAGCUCUCUUUUUGCACGUCUAACAAUAAACCUAUCCCCAUUUGCAUUUGAACUACCUACUGUAUAUCUUCCCUUUGUGAAGAUUCUUAAAGAGUUGGGACUUCAGGACAUGCUAUCUAUUCCAUGUGCAAAAGAUAUCCUUUUGAAUCUUCAGAAAGCUUGUGGAUAUCAGCAUCUAAAUCCAAAUGAACUUCGUGCUGUAAUGGAAAUUUUGUUUUUCGUCUGUGAUAAAACCACCCAGGCAAACAUGUCAGAUAGGUCCAACUGGGCAUCGGCAGCUAUUGUCCCAGAUGAUGGAUGCAGACUUGUUCAUGCUAAAUCAUGUGUGUACAUUGAUUCUUAUGGUUCCCGGUAUAUCAAAUAUAUCGACUCUUCCAGGCUAAAAUUUGUUCACCCAGAUCUUCCUGAGAGAAUAUGUACAGCUUUGGGAAUCAAAAAACUGUCGGAUGUUGUUGUACAGGAACUAGAUCAUGGGGAGAAUCUACAGAUUUUGGAACAGAUUGGGUCAGUUCAACUAGCAGCCAUCAGACACAAGUUGUUAAGUAAAUCAUUUCAGGCUGCAGUAUGGAAUGUUUUUAAUAGUGUAGUCAGUGACAUUCCAGCAUUUGAUAACCUAGCUUUGGAGAAAAUACGGAGUUCUCUGGAGUCCGUUGCAGAAAUGCUGCAGUUUGUUAGGUGCCUCCGAACUCGUUUUCUUCUCCUCCCAAAAUCUUUAGACAUUACUCGUGUAGCUAAGGAGUCCUUAAUUCCUGGGUGGGAGGGUGGACCCCAAAAUCGGACUCUUUAUUUUGUUGACCAGUUGAAGACGUGUAUGUUAGUUGCCGAACCGCCAACUUAUAUAUCUGUUCUUGAUGUUAUUGCAAUUGUUGUGAGCCAAGUAUUAGGCUCUCCAAUCCCACUGCCUAUUGGAUCUUUAUUUCUAUCUCCUGAAGACUCUGAGACUGCAAUUGUCAAUGUCUUAAAACUUUCUUCUGACAAGGGAGUAACUGAGUGCACAGGUGAAAAUAAUGGUUUUCUAGGCAGGGAAAUAGUGCCCCAAGAUGCUAUUCAAGUACAAUUUCACCCAUUGAGACCCUUCUAUACGGGAGAAAUUGUGGCUUGGCGGUCUCAAAAUGGAGAGAAGUUGAAAUAUGGUAGAGUUCCAGAGGAUGUUAGACCAUCAGCAGGACAAGCACUCUAUAGAUUCAAGGUGGAAACAGCACCUGGGCUGAUUGAGCCUCUUCUUUCGUCACAUGUUUUCUCAUUCAGAAGUGUUGCAUUUGGCAGUGAGGCUUCCUCAUCAACCAUGCUGGAGGAUAAUGGUACAGUUACUGAAAACAUACUGCAUGGUGAAGAAUCAGAUGGUUCUGGGAGAGGCAAAGCAACACAUAAGCAGCAGCCAGGUAAAGAGCUCCAGUAUGGCCGAGUAUCAGCCGCAGAACUAGUGCAGGCAGUUCAUGAGAUGCUUUCUGCAGCUGGGGUCAAUAUGGAUGUGGAGAAGCAGUCCCUACUGCAGACAACAGUAACACUGCAAGAACAACUGAAGGAGUCUCAGGCAGCACUUUUGCUUGAGCAGGAGAGGUCUGAAACGGCAGCCAAAGAAGUUGAUACAGCUAAAGCAGCAUGGUCGUGCCGAGUCUGUUUGAGCAAUGAAGUCGAUAUUACAAUAGUUCCUUGUGGUCAUGUACUCUGUCGUCGAUGCUCAUCUGCUGUAUCCAAGUGUCCAUUCUGUCGACUGCAAGUCUCGAAAACUAUAAGAAUUUAUCGGCCUUGAUGACGUUGGUGCUUCAAAGAGGCACUUAGUUAACUGAAUCUGGGAUUUUACCUUUUUUUUCCCUUUCCCGGAUGGACCAAUGUUAUUUUUCUUUGCUUUUCCUUUGUGAAGGAAAAAAAGUGGAAAGAAAGAAAGUAUAGGAACUAUUGGAAGAGAGUAAUUUCUGUGUGUUGAUGUAAAAAAGGUGCAGGGAUCAUAGUGAGAAAGUGGUACUAAAGUCUCAGCUUCAAAUUCAUAUCCGAAGUUCUUGUUUUUUUUUUUUUUUUUUCCCUAGUUGGUAUUUACAUACAUUGCCUCCACUAAGAUUCGAAUCCCUAACCUCCCUUUGGAAAGUAGGGGCCUUGUACCGUUAGGUCACAUGCCUGUUGGUUUCUCCAUGUCAUUGUAAUGGAGUACAUUGUACAUAAAGAUUAAUCAAAGUCGAUACAAGUUGAGAUGUGAAA